AUGACGGGUUUGAGUCCCCAUACGUUUACCCAGCAGGUGAUAGCUAGGCCGAUCGAUACGGCGAAUCUAGAUCAAGCGACGGCAUCUGGCACGGUCCAGAGUGGUUUCGACAUAGACCUCCACACCCUUCCACAAAAAUGGCUAGCAAAUCAGCUUGUUGACCGUUACAUGGAACUAUGUCAGCCUCAGUAUCCAUUUUUGCAUGAAGCGACAUAUCGGAAAGCUUAUGGCAACCUGUGGACUUCUGAAGAGCCCCCAAAUGCAGUCAUUGCGGGUACACUGAAUGCUGUGCUGUCGCUUGGAUGUCACUUCUCUACCAACUCCAGCAUCGCAAUGGCCGACUCAUUUUUUCGCAGAGCUAAAGGACUUACCUUGUCCGCGUACGAGAGUACAGAUGAUGGAAUGGUGACAACCACCUUACAGGCUCUUUCGUUGAUAGCAAUGUAUCCACAGGGCUCGGAAGCGCAAGAACAGACCUGGGAGAUUAUUGGCAUGAUGAUCCGGCUGUUGCCUAGACUGAGACUAUCGCCUGGGAACGAGCAUUCCAGCUAUGAGGCAAAAGUCGAAAAUGAGAUGAACGUACGACUAUGGUGGGCGUGCUUUGUUCUCGAUACGGUGUACAGGUCAUACUGGGGCCGUGAACCCCGUUUCCCCGAUGCGGAGGACAACGUUCGAUUGCCCCAGGCUCUCGAAGAUGAAGACAGCCAUUCUGGAGACGAUAUCACACCAGGAGCACUAACCCCACCGCCCAGGAUCUUCUUCUUCGCACAAACCAUACGGCUCUGCCAAUUGAUGCGGAACGUGGCUAAAACAUAUCGAUCGACACCGAGCGCGGCGCAGACUUUGGAAAUCGAUCAGCAGAUCCUAGACUGGUACUCCAGCAUACCAUCAUUACCUUCCGCAGAGCGGGAAUACUGUCUACACGGAAUUCUGUGGCGCCAAUGCGAGGUCCUGACAUCCAGAUUCUUACAUCUCAGGGUCUUUCUUCUGACCCGCCAUCUCAAGUCAAGCUAUCCUCAACCCAAAGUGAUCACAGCUUUCUCCUCUGCGAAAGGUGCGGCCGAUGCAGUGUUACAGCCUAUAUUGGAGGAAGCUUGUGUAAAGGCGGCAAUUGAGCUUAUCCACCACCUCGACAGGCUCCAUAGCGCCAAAGACGGACCACACAGUGCAUGGUGGUAUGACUUGAAGAAAAUCACGGCUUCCGUAGGAGCGCUACUAUUGCAUUUGAAUAAGCUUGCAGAGGGCCAAACUGUGACCGCAGAGUUAUUUCAGGGCGAAGAAAGUGCCCUUCAUAUUGCGCUGAAGCUUCUGAAGCAGAUCGACAAUUCCGGCAAACCGCAAGCCUCUGGGCUUCUUCAGCGGGUUGAAGGACAAUUUGAGGCUGUGAGGGAAAAAUUGCACACCAUCGAGACUGGUAAUAUUGUGCCUGAGGGUCACGAAGAAUCAAUCCCCAAGUUCCAGCUCGACACCAGCUUUGACUUGAUUGGGGACGAACUAAUGGACGAAAGCUUCAUUUCUUGGGAGCCUUGGAGCUCGGACACUAUUACUGCGGAGCCGUUUAGUCUCGACUUACUGUCUUAA